CGACCUCGACCGGACCAGCGUGGCUGAUCCAAAGAUCGUUUCGCGCCGUGAAUCAUUGCUCGCGCGCGGCAAUGAUACAUUCCGUGUCAUCUGAUCCUUGUUUCUCGAUCAAAGGGAAUUUCUACGCUUGUCAUCUCGGACUUUCGACUUUCUUCUCUCUGCCGAGGCUACUUAGGAAGAUUUAAAACAAGUUGGAGCUUCCCAGUUAAACAUCGAACGAGACAUCGUAAGAGACAGAAAUAGGCUCGAGCCGUAUCGUGGCUACCGUGAUUCUCAUUGUGAUGAUUCGGGAAACCCAACAGGGAUCAAGAUACGGUCACCCGUGACCCGAACCACGAGAUUGUCAGCGCUGUUUCAGCCCAAACCCACUCAAUCUGCCUAUGCCAUUUAAAAUCCUCUCCAAUCCUCUCCUAUAAACCAUUUCUACCUCCGCGUCAACCUGUGGGUUACCCAGAAACUCUAGAAAAUGGAUGAUGACGACACAGAUGAGAAACGAGAAUCUCUAACCUUGGUCAACAAACUGUCUCACAAAGAAUCAGAAAGCAAGCUCCUAUUGUCUUCGAAAUCUAUAUCGAAAAGCAGGUUCGAAGCAAGACAACAAAGGGACUCCACGGAAGAUUCUGACACCAUGGACGGUGCCUCCGAUAAUAAAGUGGAGAACAUCUCAAAGGACGAGGACACCUCAGAGCCUCUAGUGACCGAUGAAAAGGGUACCAGGAUCUCGGACAGACAUUGCCAUUCCCUGGACGUUCCAGAGGAAGCAGAGUCUCUUCUGAUGACUCGACAGCAGGCUAUUACGAGGACCAGCCUAAGAGUGGGCGAGGGGGGGAGCAAAAUAUCCAGGUUUCCUGAGAACAGAUCUGCCUGUCUGUUCCAUCGAAGCCCUCAGUCUUCGUCGAGUCAGGAGGAUUACGAACCCGAAGUGAAGAGUCUGUCCAAGAUUCAGAAACAACAACAGCAUCUUCUAACCACCGGCAGUGAGACUCAGAUGACAGUUCGAUCUAUGGAGAGUCUUAGAACCUCGAGGAACUUUCUGAGCGCGGAUGAGCGAUACAUAGAGGAUUCUAAGAGCCUGGAGUCUCUGUCGCUGUCUUCAGAGUCUCACGUGACAAGUUCCAAGAGUCAUUACAGGAGCUUCCUGACAUCUUCUAGCAGCGAUGUUAGGAGGAUCAUGACCGUUGAGUCAAAGAGUAGCGACGAUCUUCAUAGAGAGGAGAGUCUAAAUGCCGAAGUUAGACGUGGUCUGUUUGCCAAUACUGGGCUGGAGAGAAAAAUCCCGCAGCAUCUUAGUUUACCACCGCCUUCCAAUGUGUUUUCUCUGACCAGUCCAGGUGGCAGUGACAGGAAGAUUACCAUUUUGAGUCCAUACUCGCCGAUUCAAUCUAUGGAAUUCCAGUUUUCCGCGCAAACGCUGAAGAGUAGACGCAAGAAGGCGAUCGUUUUGCCGAGGUUGGUGUUACCCAGAAGCGAAUCCGACGUGUUCCUAGAUUUCGACGUGGGAAAUGGAAGCUCAAAGGCAGACAGCAGCGCUACGGGCGACAACGCAUCGCAGAAUCCAAGUUUGGUGCUGCAACAGCCACAACGACGAGAAAGCUUCCUGUAUCGCAGCGACAGCGACUUCGACAUGUCACCAAAGUCGAUGUCUCGGAACAGUUCGAUCGCAAGUGAAAGAUACAAAGAAGCAGAGGUUGUUAUGGAGCGACCGGUUUCAACAGAUCCCAGUAGCCAUGGCGAGGAAUAUAUCGUCACACCUUUCGCGCAGAUUCUUGCCUCCCUACGAUCCGUCAGGUACAACCUCCUGUUGCUCACAGAUGCAUUCACGAACCGAAUACGAAGGAACAGUGAGCAGGCGGGCAGCUCAUCGCAGCAACAAGGAGGUCAAACGCUAGGAGACGAGGAAUACGCAAAAACAGCCGCAGAUACGAUGUACGAGCUAGACUGGUGCCUGAAACAGCUGGAAACCAUUCGGACGCAUCAGUCCGUAUCAGACAUGGCCUCAACGAAGUUUAAACGAAUGUUAAACAAGGAACUGUCACACUUCUCAGAAUCGUCCAAAUCCGGUAACCAGAUAUCAGAAUAUAUCUGCAACACCUUCCUCGAUAAACAACAAGAUGUAGAUAUACCGUCUCUACCGACCGACGAGGACUCCUUAGCUGCCGGAAGUGCAGAUAAGAAGGAGGCGAAGAAAAAGGACCGCGUGCAAAAAGGCCCAGCUUCCAUGUCACACAUAAGCGGCGUAAAACGACCCCUCACACACACGAACAGCUUCACCGGGGAACGUGUGCCGCUUCAUGGUGUCGAGACACCUCACGAAGAAGAACUUGGCGAGGCUCUGUUAAGCAUCAACACAUGGGGCAUCGACAUCUUCCGGCUAGGCGAUCUGAGCAACAAUAGGCCAUUGACCUGCAUCACGUACACGAUCUUCAAAAGCCGUGAUUUGUUCAAGGCAAUGUGCAUACUGCCCCAGACGUUCCUCAACUACAUGACGACCCUCGAGGAUCACUACGUCAAGGAGAAUCCUUUCCACAAUAGUCUGCACGCGGCUGAUGUGACCCAGUCCACCCACAUUCUGCUCAGCACGCCCGCACUCGAGUCCGUUUUCACACCAUUGGAAAUCGCAGCUGCCCUGUUUGCCGCAGCCAUUCACGACGUAGACCAUCCUGGACUGACCAACCAGUUCCUGGUUAAUAUCGGCUCCGAGCUCGCUCUCAUGUACAAUGACGAAUCCGUUCUGGAAAACCAUCAUCUGGCAGUGGCGUUCAAAUUGCUCCAGAACGAGUGCUGUGACAUACUCCGCAACUUGACGAAGAAGCAACGCCGGAUCUUCAGAAAGAUGACCAUUGAUAUAGUUUUGUCCACGGAUAUGUCCAAACACAUGACUUUGCUAGCAGAAUUGAAGACCACGGUGGAAACGAAAAUAGUUGCUGGCUCUGGCGUUCUCGUAUUGAAAACGUACAGUGAUCGAAUAAUGGUUAUAGCAAACGCAGUACACUGCUCUGAUCUGUCAAAUCCCACGAAACCAUUAUUCUUAUAUCGACAAUGGGUCCAACGGUUGAUGGAGGAGUUAUUCCGUCAAGGAGAUCGAGAACGCGAAAGGAAAAUGGUGAUUAGCCCAAUGUGCGACAGAUACAAUCCCACCGUGGAGAAGUCGCAGGUCGGCUUCAUAGACUACAUUGUCCAUCCUCUUUGGGAAACUUGGGCAGAAUUGGUUUAUCCCGGUGCUCGGGAUAUUCUGGAUAACCUAGAGGAGAAUCGAGACUGGUAUCAUUCCAUGAUCCCUCCGUCACCACCGUCCAACGAUCAACAGAAGAACGAACAACAGUCCGAUAAUAUACACUUCCAGGUGACACUGGAAGAGGACUAUACCAUUGACACGGAGGAGACCGCUGGAAUGUGACUGAGAUUCGCGGGUAUUUGCAAGAAGCUCCACGAGAAGGUGCAGCAGACCUGGUGGCGCGUGCGUCAGUAAUCAUUAGCUCGCUGCCACUGACUAAAUGUCUAUGUGUCUAUCUAUAUUCCUUUUUGGCCAAGCUCCACUCCCCGGAACAGUGGAAGAAACCUUGUCUCAACAGGAGAGACAGGACAAAGAGAAAAGGAAAGAGUGAGAGAAAGAAAAACGAUUAACUGGAAAAGGAACGUCUAGUCGCCGCUAGUUCAGACCUCGACAAAUAAACACGGGGUCUUUCUUGACGUGUCAGAAGAGAACAAAGAUCAGCCAGGAAAGAAAUUUGGAAGAUGGAGGACAACCCACAUUGACGCAAUCGUUUUGCUCAGACGCUGACGCGUCUCAGCUAUGGGCAACGGUCCUAAAUCGCUUCGUCUCGACUAGUUCGAGACGCGACGACAGCGUCCACGAUGGACCAUCCUCGAUAGAAAGACAGAGAGGAGCAUCGUCGUCGUUACCAUUGUCGCUUUUCUCCCUUCCCAUAGUCGUCGUUCGAUCGGCCCCAGAUUGGCGCGUCUCUGGCUCGAAUAUGGAGGGCACGAAUCUCUUCACCAAGUACCUGUACAUUACCCAGGUGAACCGAUCACGGUAAAGACUAUCACCGUGUCUUUAUUAGGUUCCCUUUAUUAUCGUAAUAUAUAGAACGAGAACGUGAAAAACGACGCGACUCGAGAAAACGCAGGAAUAUCUCAUCUCGCCUCAGUGGUAGGAUCCUAUCUUGACAUAUCAAUUACACGGUACAAGCGGCUCAGGUCGCGAUAUUCCAACGAUCCGGAGGAUCUUCUACGCAGCCAGCUGAUCCUCGAUUGGUUAUUGAAGAAAUUGAAUGUCUAUGUUGGACCGUUUAUUCCGAUUUCGGCCAAAUUGGCUAUGUGGCUGCGUUAGAGACCAGAUUGGAUAAUUUUACAAAAGAAUUAAAGUUGGAUGGUUAAAAAGUUUGAAAAAGAGAAGGUAUAGCGAUCAACAGAGAGGGUCAGGGGCAUACACACGUACCUACACAGAAGACACGCGAUCGUUUUUAACCAAAGAGUAUUGUUAGUCACUUCGUCGUUUCAGAAACGAACUCUUUUUCUUCAUUCAGGAUAAAUAAGAAAAAAUGAAUUAUAAAUCGUGAACAAACAGCGAGACAUCAUCGCGCGUUCUAGCUUGUAGCGAUGGUAGAUUACUUAGGGGACUCAGCGAGGUGGAGAAUUAAAUUAGUUAGAACUUUGCAACUCGAUGUGUUUACGAAACCGAGACUAAGAAUAAAAAAAAAAAAAGAAAAAGAGAAAAGGUAUUAAAAAAAUAAUAAUAAUAAUAAAUGGAGAUAAAAUGAAAUAACGAAGUACUCUCUCGCUUGGAUGUCUGUGAAUCGCUCAAAUUCAAGGAUCCAUGCUCGAUCUCAAGUCGAUGGCGUCUCGAUGGUCGAGCGUCGAUCCUCUUCGCUCUCUUUCUCGAAGCAUCGCAAUCUUUCAUCGAAAUUCAACUGGUAUAUGUACACAGACAUAUAUAUAUAUAUAUAAAAGUAUAUAUACAUAUAUUUUUUUGUAAAAAAAACCUUUUUGGGGCUUGUGUUUUCUACGAUGCAUUUAUUUUCUCCUUUUUGAUAUAUGCCUAACUGAAUAAAGAAAAAAAAUUUAUCGUGUCAAUAAAACGACGAGGAAAUCAACCGUGAUAAUGUUUUCACGUAUUCGACUUUCUGACGAGAAAAAAGCGGCCGCACGGGCAAAGAAAAAUGGCCGACACGCGUCAAUUGCUCGAGAAAGAAGCGAAUACUUGUAUCUGUGUCCGUAGGCAGUGAAUCUAGUGAGUGUUUUUGGUGCUGUGCACCAAGCUUAGAUCAUUAAGAGUAAUUUACGUAAGGCUACGAGUACACGACUAGAUAUUAAGCUGAGGAAUUAAUGUAUAAACGAAAAGAGUGGAAACAAAAAAAAAAAAACGUAAAUGUUCUUUAGGACGUAAGCGAACCAAGUAACUAAUGAUAAUUAAAUAUUUAACAACGAGAAGAAGACGAUGAGAAUUAAUCGAAAUAAAAAAAAAAAAAAAAAAAAAGAA